AUGGCGACCCUCGCCAGGCGCCCUUGCGCAGCCGUCGCCGUCGCACGCCGCCCCUCCGCCCCCUCGGCGCCCACCUUCCGCGGCGCUCGCCGCCCGGCCGCCACCCCCGCCUCGGCCCGCCCCGCCUCGGCCCGCGCUGCCGUGCGCCGCGGCGGCGCCGCACCUCGCGCAGACCGCGACGCCGGUGCACGAAGCGCCAGCCCUGCCGCAGCCCCGACCGCCGGGCCCGCCGUCCGCCAGUUCGACUUCGUCGUGAUCGGCUCUGGCAUCGCGGGCCUGUCCUACGCCCUGAAAGUGGCCCCCUACGGCAAGGUGGCAGUGAUCACGAAGGACGGCGCCGGCGAGGGCUGCACGCGCUACGCGCAGGGCGGCGUGUGCGCCGUGCUGGACCCCCUCGACUCGAUCGAGCAGCACGUGCACGACACCAUGGUGGCAGGAGCCUUUCUGAACGACCCCAAGUGA